UCACAGCUCGGGGCCUGUGCAGCUGAGUUUGCAUGAAGCCUGCAUAAGACCUGCGGAGCUUUACAGUCAGGACAUUCGUUACUGUUUCAGUGAUAGAAAAAUGCCUGAACCCGCAAAGUCCGCGCCCAAGAAGGGCUCCAAGAAAGCUGUGGCCAAGACCGCCGGUAAAGGCGGCAAGAAGAAGAGAAAGACCAGGAAGGAGAGCUACGCCAUCUACGUGUACAAGGUCCUGAAGCAGGUCCACCCUGACACCGGGAUCUCCUCCAAGGCCAUGAGCAUCAUGAACUCCUUCGUCAACGACAUCUUUGAACGCAUCGCCUCUGAGGCCUCUCGUCUGGCUCAUUACAACAAGAGGUCCACCAUCUCUUCCAGGGAGAUCCAGACCGCAGUGCGCCUCCUGCUGCCCGGUGAGCUGGCCAAACACGCCGUGUCUGAGGGCACCAAGGCCGUGACCAAGUACACCAGCUCCAAGUAAAACCUACUGGAAUUAAACACCAACCCAAAGGCUCUUUUAAGAGCCACCCACUGAAUCAAGAAAGACA